AUGGGUACUCGUCGCAUCUUUAAUUGCCUGGCGAGCGAGAAUGACGGACCUGGAGCAAUGUAUGGCUGGGUAAUAGCCGACGUGAUUUUGGCUCUCGCUCUACAAGCUUACCUCACUAUCAACGUUACACGGGCUCGGCGGCGCUUUGGCAUAGAGUGCCCCGAUGUCUACGCCAUCAAAGGAAUAACAGGCCGUACGCGGUUCUCCGGCGAUGCUGACGUCAUGCUUCUGAGAUUGUCCGAUCAGGAGUGUGAGGUGUUUAAUUGCUAUCAACGGGCGCACCUGAAUACUUUGGAGUCGUACCCUAUAUUUCUUGCUCUUCUUUGCCUUGGCGGACUUCAGUAUCCGACUGCAUGCGCCAUUGGGGGCCUCAUUUUCUUGCUCGGACGCCUGUUCUACGCCUUCGGGUACUAUACUGGCCAGCCAGAGAAGCGGAUGUGGGGAUCAUUUGGCGCGAUUGGUCUCGCUAUAUGUGCUCUAUCGACUCUUGCCUUAGCCGUGGACUUGGUGACAGGGGGCGCCACUGCCUGCCAGGACGAGGAUUCAGGCGUCUUUUCAGCCGCGGUGCCGCCGUCUCCCGAAUCUAGUGGCGGCACACGAAUGCUACUAUCCAACUAA